GUUUUUGCACCAUGUCUUAUAAAUGUCAACAGCUCUCCUUCUCGCUCUCCUCACUUACUCCAAUCCUGCCAACCUACUCAAACCAUGCCAGAUAGUCCGAAAGACGACAAAAAUCACAACGGCGACGCUUCCCUUGAUUCCCAAGAGCAACUUGUACCACGGUUUCACUCAAGCAAGCAAGCAAAAAGGAAGCUCAAUAUCCUGCUGACAAACGGCCGGUUCCCAGUGUCCCUUGACCUCGCCCGUCAACUCAAAGCCAGCGGCCAUAAGGUCUACGUUGUGGACCCCAUGAAGUACCAUGUUUGCAAAUUCUCGAGAGCCGUCAAGAAAUCCUGGCAUGUCCCUGCACCUCACGUCGACCCAGCAGGCUACGUCAAAGGCGUAAAGAAAGCGAUUGUGGAGGCCAAUAUUGACCUUAUCGUUCCUUUACACGAGGAGGUAUUCCAUGUGACACAGAUCUGCAAGGGCAACCCAGAAAUCAUCGGUAAACUCUUUGCUCCGUCAUUCGACAUGCUUAUUUGCCUACACAACAAAUGGUACUUUCACAAAAUUCUCCGUCGAUUCAAUCUCGAUGCUCCAGAAACAUGGUUAUGUCGAUCAGUGGAGGAUGUACAGAAUCUCGAUCGUAGUUCUGACCUAGCAUUGAAACCCGUCUUUGGCCGCGCCAAAUCCAACCUCUACCAUUUGAAGGCCAACCACCCACUCCCCGACAAUAUUCUCAUAGGGCCCGAUAAUCACUACGUUGCUCAGGUCUGGAUCUAUGGAAAGCAAUUUUGCACGUACUCUGUAGCGCGGGACGGCAAGAUGCUCGCGCUUGCGAUAUAUCCCGUACAGGACACCGUGGAUGGAUCAUCUUGUGUUUACUUCAAAUCCAUCGAUCAUCCUGGUAUUCGGUCGUAUGUCGAGGUUCUCAUACAGAAACUGGGAUAUACCGGACAAAUUGCGCUAGACUUCAUUGAGACAGAUUCGCGGCUUGUUGCUAUCGAAUGUAAUCCGCGCGCCACGUCUGGCAUCCAUCUCUUUAAGCAAAACGAGGGGCUUGUAAACGCGCUCACCAGUGCAGUGGAUACCAGUUCUCCGUUGGAAUCAUUUUCAUUUACGCUGGCCAAAAUUGGAGCAAAACGCCAGCUAUUUCCCGGCAUGGUAAUGUGGCAGCACGAAGGAGUGUCUCUGAAGCAGUAUCUUCGCCAUCUCGCAAAAUUAACAACUACGCGGGAUGUGAUAUUUUCGUGGCGCGAUCCAAUGCCGAGCCUCAUGCAGCCGUUUUUGCUGACGAGUUAUUAUGAGAUUUGCAGGGAGAGAAAGAUGAAGCUUGGUGAAAUGUUCCAGUGGGAUCUGACGUGGGAGCCGAAGGGAGAAGAACUUCGACAAGUGGAAAGGGAGAUGGAGGUGUGGGACGCGGAGGGUGGAGCCGCUCGCACUGGAGGAUUGCAGGGGGAUGGGAAUCAAGCGAUAAGCAUGGAUGGCGCGACACUCCCAUAGGUGCUACAUUGGGCAAGUAAUACCAACGAAGUAGGACACGGUCGAAGGGUGGAAAACAGUUACUUAAUGCCGGAUCACAUAUAUGUUGAAACUUAAAAAAAUCUAGCGUGAUAUGAGCGAAAGUCAGCCGAUCUUACCGUAUUAGCGACAUUGGAAAUAUUAAUGUGGAGGUGAUUGCAAAUGGCACUAGGACCCAUUAUUAUCCGGAUUAAUCCGGUUAAUCAUAUCGCAUAAUCAGC